CCCGCAAUCCUCAGUUCAUUCUUACACUUUUAACAGCAGCCUGGAGUCGCGAUCAUGUCUGGAGCUAUUAAACAGUUCUCAAUAAGCUACGAUGCGGUUAAUGAGAGCAACAUGUUCACUAAUGGUGAUGUGAUUAACGGCAGAGUGAUCCUGGAGGUAAAUAAAGAGGUAAAGGUUGAGAAGCUGUAUAUAAAGUGUAAAGGAGAAGCCAAUGUGCACUGGACUGAACAUAACAGCUCUAAUAACUCCGAUGAUUCCUACAGCGCUCAUGAGAGAUACUUCAAAUUCAAACAGAUCUUCAUAUGGGACAACUCCAAAAAAGGGAAACGCAGUGGAUCCAUGCUUGUAACAAAUGGUGAAACAUAUAACAAUGUCAUUAUGCCUGGAUAUCAUGACUUCCCAUUUACAUUUGUACUUCCUCAAAGCAACACACCAUCAUCUUUUAAAGGAGCCCAUGGAUCGAUUAAAUACAUUCUUGAGGCCAGAUUGAGUAGAUCGUGGAAGAUGACUCAAACAGCAUCUAGGGAAUUUGUUUUUGUGUCAUCUGCUCAUGAACAUGGUGCUGAGUUAUUGCAACCACUUUCUGGUGCCAUAGACAAAAAGAUGAAGUUGUUCACUUCUGGAAGUGUCUCAGUGAGGGCAUCUACUGACAAAAUGGGCUAUGAACCAGGUGAAACCAUCAAGGUUGAAGCCCAUAUUGAAAACUCCUCAUCUCGUGAUCUCAAGCUGAAGUUUAAACUUGAACAAAGACAGACGUUCACUGCCCAAUCUCGCCACAACUACUCACAUAAACUUAUUUUUAAAGCAGUGGAAGAUCCAGCCCCAUCAAGAUCUAAGAAAACAGUUACCAGCAGGCUAAAAAUUCCACCUGCCUUGGAUCUAUCCAUCUCAAACUGUUCGAUCAUUAAGGUGGAGUAUAUCCUCAAGGUGUACCUGGAUGUGCCCUAUGCAAGAGAUCCUGAGAUCGCAUUUCCAGUCGUCAUUCUCCAAACAAACCAGAAUUUUCCUUCUCACCAAAACCAAGCGGCUAACCACUCCUACUGGAACACACAUGACACAGUACCACAAGCAUAUGCAUCCCAACCAGCAUUUGGUCCCACCUCAGGUAUUGCAGCUGCUGCAUCCCCUGGAUUAUCUUUCGGUCUGUACCCAAAUCUAUACCCUCAACAGCCGGCCAAUCCAGAUGAACCUCCACCUUCCUACACUGACAUCUUUCCAGAUUCUAAUACAGCAGCACCAGCAUUUCAUCCAUCUCCAUUAAACCCAGCCCACACUCCUCUGCCAUAUGCUACUAUGCUGUAUCCACCAGCUUCUGCUCCACAGCACCACCCAGCACCAGAAUAUCCGAGUACCCCUGGAUACUGGCCAGGUCCGGCUAAUUCCGAGUGUUAAUCUGGAAAGAACCAGAACUGCCAUUUAGUUCAUCACCAGCUAUUUUUUAAUGCAGCACUAUACUAUUGUUUUAAAUAUACAAGUGCAUUUAAGGGGUGACACGGUGGCUUGGUGGGUAGUGCUGUUGCCUCACAGCAAGACUGUCAUGGGUUUUCACCCACAGUCCAAAGACAUGCAGUCAGGUUAAUAAGAGCUAAUAAAAUUGCCUUAAGUGUGUGUGUGUGUGUGUGUGUGUGUGUGUGUGUGUUUGCCCUGUGAUAGACAGGUUAACAAUUCAGGGUGUUUCCUGGCUUGCACUCAGUGAAACAGACCCACCGCGACACCGAAUAAGAUAAAAUCAGUCGUAAAACAGACAGCAAAUGAAUGAAGUGCCUAUUAUUAUUUGCAUUUAUUUUAUAGAUAAUCAUAUUUUAUUGUAAAUUGUAUUUUUCUAUACAGACCUAAGCACUUAAAGAACUGUUUCAAAUGUGGUUUUGAUUACACUUUUUUAUCCUCAUUUCAUUUUGAGAACGCAUUAAUUAUUUAUUUUGAUAUGUUUGACAAUAUACUUUUUAAAAAUUAAUACACUUGAGAUAUGACUGUAUUUGUAUAUAUUUUAAUGUAAUGUUUACAACAA